CAUCAGUCUCAUAUCCCAUGCCCCCCUUGCGUCGCAAAAAUGGCCGCCAGCCCGCAUGCGAGCCCUGUCGCCGGCGCAAGCUCGCCUGCGACCACGAACUGCCCACCUGUGGCCGGUGCGAGCGACUGUCAAUGAAGUGCUUCUACCUCGUCAAUCCGCUGACAAAGGCAAAGCCUGCUAGUCACGACUCAUUGGAACCAUCGCCGGACUCAAGCAUCCCGAGCAUUCCGAGCGAUAGUAGCGCCAUGCCGAGUGCAAAGACCUGCCCCGGCGCGCAGUCCACCACGCCGAUCAUCGAGAGCUCCGCCGAGUAUCUGGGGCCGGCGAGCUUCACCUCGGUGUUUGUGGAGCACCGUGACCGCUUCGAGGUCGAUCACACACUAGCCCGCCCCGGUGCCGGUGGUGGUGGUGGUGGUGGUUACACAGCUCAUCGUCCACCAUCGCCGGUCCAGCCCGCCACGAACCCGAUCAUCACGCCGCGCUUGCUCCAAUUCGGCGUGCAGAUCCUGCGGAACGUCCCGGACGAGGAGACGUGUAACCUACUCUUUGUGCGCUGUGAAGUCUCCAUGGACUCGUGCUUCCGAUUGGCCAAUUGGCAGGCGUCCAAGCGGACCUGGGACGCGUAUCGGCCUGUGCUGCGGGCACGCACGCACGAGGAUCUGCACACCCUCGCGCGGCGGUUGGCGGAAUGCACGGUUGUCCCGCUGCCCGCGGAGCAGGACCCGGAUCGCUGGAUCGAGUCGUUCUCGGGCCGACAGGCGCGGUGGGAGCUCCUCGGCGUGCUGUUUACGUACUGGUCGUAUGGGUGUGUGUCCCUGGCACCGGACAGUCCGGCGAUCGCAUCCUACUGCGCGGGCCGGGCGAUGAAGGGCGCGAAGGAGAUGAUGCUCCAUUUCAAGAAAUGCGCGUCCAUGUGCAUUGAGAUGUGCAGCGAGCUGGGAGGCGUCAAUGUGCUGUUCCUGCACCUGCUGUACAAGCAUAAUAUCAUGGAGAGCAACGUGAGUGGAGACAAGAGUCUCUCCUGCUGGCGCCAACACGGCGAUACUAUCGCCGUGACCACGUCCAUCGGGCUUCAUCGCGAGUCAUCAUCGGAAUGGAAUGAGGUAUCGUUUCAGCAUGAACUGAAAAGGCGUCUCUACUCGGCAAUCUUCGCGUUUGACAAAGUCGCCUCCACCUUGACGGGUCGGCCACCGCUCCUGAGUCGGAGGUUCUCAACUACCCAGCUACCGUUAGACAUCAGCGACCACGAUAUCUUGUCCGGUAAUGUGACGGGUGCCGCUGCGAAGCUGGAUUCCGACGGGUGGAAUCGCAACAGCGGCAGGAAAUUCACCCAGGCUGCGAUCCUGCGCGCGCGGGCCAUGUUCGCGAGGAACCGCGAGGAGAUAUUGGAGGUGUUGGAGUCCUCGCUGGACGAGAUCUCUGACUCGGCUCUUGAGACGUGCUUUAAUCUCAAAGCUCAGGCGUCUGCCAUCUAUGACAAGCUACCCGAAAGCCUUAUCCACAAAGUGGAAGAUAUAGACGAUCUCGAUAUUCCGGGGCAUUGUCUGCAUACCCGAAUUCUUGUGCGCUUGGAGUACUUGCUGAAUCAGUUUCUGCUGGAAAGACUCCUGACCCGUCACAAGAUCGUCACCGAGCAGGCGCUCAUCGGGGUGAGCCAGGAGACGCUGUCUCUCACGUUGCUUUACUGGAAACACAAGGACCGAUUCAUGGCCUUGCAUAAUGAUUUCUCAUGGCUAGCGAUGUCGUACGGCGCACCGUGUAGUGGAAUCCUCUGUCUCGAGCUGCUCCGCCAAGCGUCCAACCCCCAGGCUUACAACUUGGACCUGCCUCGCUCGGAGACGAUCCAGAACCUAAGCCUGUUCGUGGCCUUUCUGGAUUGGCUCAAACCCUGCGGCUCGGAUAUCUCCGCCAAGACACAGAUCAAGAGCAUCCUGCAACGGUCGCUCGAUCGGAUCCUCGCUAUGCCGGCUUCGCUGUGCAGUCCAAUGAUGACCAUGGACAGUUUCGGCAUGCACGACUUUAUCGGCGCGGAGUAUCCACACCUGGAGCUUCUGAACACCUUCAAUUGGGUGGACUGGGAUGGAGGGCUGUAG